AAUUUCCUCUGCUUCAAGUCCCCAACGGGCAUAUCUACAAAGCCAACGCACAUAAAGAAACAGACGCGUACGCAAUUUAGCGUCAAUCAAUUCAAUAACGUAAAAGCGGUGUGGGAAGGUGAAGAGAUCGAGGCCAUGGCAGAAUAUAAAGACAACUCUGAAGAAUACUCUGCUUCUUCCCAAUAUCAUCAGGCUACUUCUCAGGGUAGCAAAUAUGGAGUCCUGAUGCCUAAAAAGCCCUUGAUCUCCAAGGACAAUGAAAGGGCUUUCUUUGAUUCUGCUGAUUGGGCUUUGUACAAGCAAGGUGCCGGAUUGAACCAGAAGUCAACAGUGGCUAUAGAAACAUUGCGUCCAAAGCUGCAGAGAACACCUCAUCAGCAACUGCCGCCUCGAAGACCAGCUUGUACAUCUGGAAGCUAGGGACAUCGAGCUCCUAAACGCUCAAUCUGUGUUCUGUGCUUUUAAUUUUGGUGAAACUUAUUUGAGAUUCAAUUCGGUGAAUAUAUAUGUAUGCGCUUUGUAAGAAUUCACAAAUCAAUCCACCAUUUGCCUAUAUCCCUGUUCGGUUUUGUAAGAAGCAUGCAUGCAUCAUCUUUCCACAACACAGUUUCUUCACCAUAACUAUUUGGUUAAUUUAAUUUCAUAGUGUUUAUU